AACUGUAGACUCGACUGGAGUUGAGAUUUAAUAUAAACAAAACUAAUCGUCAAAUGAAUGAAUGCAUUGAGAAAACGAUAUAACAAUCACUUCAUAGCGAGUAUUGUAUCGACAAAAAUACAAACAAAUCAAAGCUAAACACAAAUCCACUAAACGUUUAAUUUUGCGCUCAAUUUGUGUGACAAUUGUAUCAACGGAUCCAAUGUUGCCAUCGAUUGGCACUUAAUUACAUGUUUUGUCACUAAUUAAUCACAUUUUUGUUGAUUGUGUUGUGUUUUGUUGGUGUGAUUUGUAUUGAAAAAUGGAUGACAACAACCAGUUCUCAGAUAUUUGUCGCGUUUGUCGAUCGGAAGCGCUUCCAGACAAACCUCUCUUUCAUCCAUGUAUUUGUACGGGAAGUAUCAAAUAUAUCCAUCAGGAUUGUUUGGUCCAAUGGCUAAGAUAUAGCGAAAAGGAGUUCUGCGAGUUAUGUAACCAUCGAUUCUCAUUCAUUCCGAUCUAUUCGCCAGAUAUGCCCAAAAGACUGCCGAUUCGUGAUAUAAUUAGCGGUCUCUUCGGCUCUUUGGGAACAGCCGUUCGCUAUUGGAUUCACUACACUCUGGUGGCGGUCGCGUGGCUCGGGAUCGUCCCAUUGACAGCCUACCGAAUAUAUCGGUCAUUGUUUAGCAAUUCAAUGAAUUCAGUGCUCACUUUGCCGUUAGAUAUGUUCAGUACUGAGAAUAUAAUAUCCGAUGGUUUUUACGGCUGUUGUGUCGUCACCUGUACUUUGAGUGCCUUUAUUAGUCUGAUUUGGCUCAGAGAGCAGAUCCUGAGAGGGGGUGGACCCGAUUGGCUCGAACAGCAGCUCAAUCUCCAGAAUCCUGUGCAACACAUUCAGGACGGGGGUGAAGACAACGAGGACAGGAAUGAGCCCAACAAUGACCCCAUGAAUGAUAAUAACAACGAUGAAGGCAUCGGUGAUGACGAUGAGGAUAAUGGAGACGAGCCCGACGUGGCUAACAAUCAGGACGUCGGAGACAUCAUUGAAAACAACCAAAACGAGAUCCAAGUGAUUGACAAUCCAAACGCUGCCAACGCUGUCGCUAAUGCGCCCAUCGAUGCCGCCGCCGCUCAAGACUGGAAUCCAGCCGUGGAGUGGGACAGAGCCGCUGAAGAGUUGACGUGGGAAAGGAUCUUAGGACUCGACGGUUCGCUAGUAUUUCUGGAGCACGUAUUUUGGGUCAUAUCACUGAACACACUGUUUAUUGUGAUCUUCGCGUUCUGUCCCUUCCAUAUCGGAAACUUCAUUAUUUCUAAAACCAAUUUUGAUUCAAUGAUAUCGUCGACACAUUUCGACGGCUUUGUCACCACAUUAUGCGGUUAUUUAGCGGUCGGAUUAAUUCUAGUCAUUCUUCAUACGUUGGCAUCGGUUACUCGAUUCCGGCGAACGGAACGGCUAUUAGGGUUGUGUUAUGUGGUGGUGAAGGUGUCACUGUUGUCGGUGCUGGAGAUCGGAGUGUUCCCAUUGGUGUGCGGCUGGUGGCUAGACAUCUGCUCCCUUCCAAUGCUCGACUCGACCAUUCAAGACCGCACUAAUAGCUUUCGUUUAGCUCCGGGAACGUCAAUGUUUAUCCAUUGGUUGGUGGGAAUGGUGUAUGUCUUCUACUUCGCGUCAUUCAUUCUACUGCUCCGGGAAGUGCUGAGACCAGGAGUUCUCUGGUUUCUCCAGAACCUAAACGAUCCCGACUUUAAUCCCAUACAAGAGAUGAUUCAUUUGCCAAUCAUUGGUCACAUCCGACGCUUUUUGGCCUCUUUGGUCAUAUUUGGCACAACUGUUCUGUUGAUGAUUUGGUUUCCCGUUUGUCUCGUUCAGAAGAUUAUUCCCGAAUUCCUUCCCUAUAAUGUGGUUCUUUCGAAUGAAUCUCCUGUGAGCGAACUAUCUCUGGAGUUCUUAUUACUUCAAUUGGUAUUACCGGCCCUCUUAGAUCACGGCCACCUUCGACAAUGGCUUAAGAUGUUAGUCCGUGGCUGGUGUCUAGUCGUCUCAUACCUGUUGGACAUUAGGUCCUAUCUGUUAGGAGACACUCUUCCAAAUGAUGAACCCAUUGAUGACAAUCUCGAAAAUGUUGGCCUCAACGGGCAGUUACGCAAUGAAUUAGUGAGAAACGGUUUCAUUCGUCCGCAACUGUUCUCUAUGCGAAUAUUCUUAUUACUGGUAUUCACGGCAAUGUCUCUACUAUUGGGCGGUUUCUUUGUAUUGACGGUUCCGGUGAUUGUCGGCCGACGUCUUAUCGGUCUAUGGAUGGGAAGCGUUAAAGUGCAUGAACUGAAUACCGCCGCCUGCGGUCUAUAUGUUGGUCUCGUGAUGACAAGAGUGACAACACUUCUGUGUUCAUGGAUUCCUCGCGGAUGGUCUGCUAUAAUGAAUAAAAUCAAAGAAUGGGUUACAAUCACUUGCAAAGCGUUAUUAUCGGCAGUCGUCCUCUUGGGUCUGAUUCCACUUCUCAUUGGAUUACUAUUUGAUGUCGUUAUCAUAAUUCCACUGCGAGUUCCACUCAAUCAAACACCAAUCUUCUAUCUAUGGCAGGACUGGGCGUUUGGUGUCCUCCACACUAAAGUCAUUUGCGGAAUCGCAAUGAUGGGUGAGUGGAGACUACGGGAAGUGUUGGAAGAGAUAUAUCACGGCGGACUCACACACAUCAACCUGAAGCUCAUUCUUGUGAGACUAGCGAUGCCUGUUGUGGUGACAUUGGGUCUAAUACUGGCGCUGCCAUACAUCGCGGUCAACAGUAUAUUCCCGUUGUUUGGGAUGGCAUUACAGAUGCAGAACCUAAUGAACCGACGUAUCCAUCCAUUACUACUAUUAGGCACUGGUAUAAUAUAUCUAAUCCAUUGGCAAAUCCAUAAAUUCUAUCGAUUGUAUGAACACAUCAAGAAUGAUAAGUAUUUAGUCGGCCGUCGAUUAGUUAAUUACGACCCAAUCAUUAAGACUAUAAGGCCUUCAAAUACUCUAAACGAAUGA